AUGGGUGUCACCAAGCACGACGUCGAGGCGGCCAUCACCUCCGCUCUCAGCCCUUCCAAUCUCGUGGUGACCGACACAUCCGGAGGGUGUGGAGCGAGCUACGAGAUCGAGGUGGUGUCGGAGAAGUUCGAGGGGAAGCGGUUGCUGGAGAGGCACCGGAUGGUGAACACCGCGCUGGCGCCUCACAUGGCGGAGAUCCACGCCGUCUCCAUCAAGAAGGCGCUCACCCCGGCUCAGGCCCAGCCCCAGCCGGAGCCGGCCGCCGAUAAGCUUCAGGCUGAAGUGCUUAAUUAA